AUGCUAUCCACACUGCAGCAGCCUCCUCGCUCUCUUUCUCGUAUCCCUCUUCACCUCUCUUCUAUUAAACCCCUCCGCUCUUUCUUCACCGUUGGCUCUGCCUCUGUCUCUGCUUCUGCUUCACAAGACCAAUCAUCCCCUCCGUCAUCUCAAAUACUGACCGUCCGCCACUCCCUCCUCUCCCGCCAAAUCACUGCCACCCAACUAGCUGAGUCCUACCUUUCCCGGCUUUCCCUCACCGAGCCCCACCUCCACUCCUUCCUCCACAUCUCCGAUACCCUCUUAAGAGAUGCCCAGCUAAUCGACCGCAAGAUUGAAACAGGAGAGGAUGUCGGCCCCCUUGCUGGGGUCUUUGUUGGGGUCAAGGACAAUAUCUGUACGGAUGACAUGCCUUCUACUGGUGGCUCCCGCAUCCUGGAGAACUACAAGGCACCGUAUGAUGCAACAGCGGUUAGGAGAGUGAAGGAGAAACAUGGGAUUUUAAUUGGCAAGACUAAUUUGGACGAGUUUGGCAUGGGAAGUACCACUGAAGCUUCUUCUUUCCAGGUGACUGCAAACCCGUGGGACUUGUCUCGAGUGCCUGGUGGAUCGUCAGGUGGGUCGGCUGCAGCUGUAUCUGCUCGGCAAUGCAUGGUGUCACUUGGUAGUGAUACUGGUGGAAGUGUGAGGCAGCCAGCAUCUUUUUGUGGUGUUGUUGGAUUGAAGCCAACAUAUGGGCGUGUCUCCAGAUUUGGACUUAUGGCUUAUGCAUCAUCACUUGAUGUUAUUGGAUGCUUUGGUACUUCAGUUGCUGAUACUGGCAUCCUCCUUCACGCAAUUUCUGGUCAUGAUAGAUUUGAUGCCACUAGUAGUAACAGAGAGGUUCCUGAUUUCACAUCUCAGUUCAGUUCUAUAAAUCUCAUGGAAUCUAAACCAUUGAAGGGGUUGAAGGUUGGUCUUAUCCGUGAAACUCUUGAAGAUGGUGUGGAUAACGGAGUAAAAUCUGCAAUUAGUGGUGCUGCUUCACAUCUUGAAGAAUUAGGAUGUACUGUGACAGAGGUCUCAUUGCCAUCUUUCUCCCUUGGUUUACCAGCCUAUUAUAUUCUCGCUUCAUCAGAAUCAUCUUCCAACUUAUCACGUUAUGAUGGGGUCAGGUAUGGGAACCAAAUUUUUGCUGAAUCAUUGAAUUCUCUUCAUGGUGAUUCUCGUUCAAAAGGAUUUGGUCCUGAGGUCCAAAUGAGAAUCUUGAUGGGAACAUAUGCCCUCUCAGCUGGUUAUUACGAUGCAUACUACAAGCGUGCCCAACAGGUGAGGACCUUAGUUCGGAAAAGCUUCAAGGAAGCAUUAGAUGACAAUGACAUCCUAAUUUCUCCCGUGGCUCCAUCUGCAGCUUAUAAGAUUGGUGAAAAGAAAAACGAUCCUUUGGCAAUGUAUGCAGGCGACAUUAUGACUGUCAAUGUUAACUUGGCAGGGGUGCCUGCGUUGGUUUUGCCAUGUGGAUUUGUUGAGGGAGGGCCUGCAGGACUUCCUGUUGGUCUUCAAAUGAUUGGUGCAGCAUUUGAUGAGGUCAAGUUGCUCAAAAUUGGUCAUAUAUUUGAGCAGACUCUUCAAGGUUGCAGAUUUAUUCCUCCCUUAGUGGCAGAUGAUCUUGUUGUUGCUAAGGAUGUUUUUAGAGGGUAA